AUGGUAUUGAAUAUAAAUACGAAUAUGCAUAUGAUAGUGAAUGCGAAUACGAAUCCAAACGAGAUUUCGAAUAUUAUUACGGACUUAAAAACGAAUACGAAUACGAAUUUUAACACUAAUACUAUUACGAAUGCGAAGACGAAUAUGAACACGAAUACUGGCAUGAAUACGAAUGCGAAUACGGAUAUUUGUAGCGGUGCAGCGGACCUCAGCAAGGAUCAGUGCAAUAAAACAGUGGACAUCUUCGAGGAUGUCAGUUCGCCGGAGGUGAAUAACCAAAAUGUGGGACGGCCGUUAACCUGCUGGUAUCGCUUCCGCACACUGAAGGGGGCACCACGAGACUUUGUACUGCGGUUACGUUUUAAAAAAUUUAAAGUUGGCAUACUAUUGAAUGCAACACACUGUGAGGGCGGCUAUUUACAGAUUGUGGAUGGCAAUGCGAAAACAGAUGUCUCUAAUCGUCGUGAGCCGGGCAUGUUUUGUGGCGAGGCCGAGCAACCGCAGACAUUCAUUAGUGAAACCAAUUAUAUUAAAGUGCUGUUUCACACGGAUAACUUUACUGAUCAGACAUAUUUCACAUUUGAUUCGCGUGCUGAACAACAGACGGAAGUUUAUUUGCGUUAUGGCCAACAUCCGGAAUUGUAUCCCAAUCGACGCGGCGAGGUGGUGCAAGGCUCUUACUGUGAACGCGAAUAUCGUGAUUGUAGAUUGCAAACAUGUUAUGUGCAAUCGCCCGCAUAUCCUGGCCUAUAUCCGCGUGCAUUAAAUUGUCGUUAUAAAUUGCAUACGCGUCAGCCGUAUAUCAAAUUGUAUUUGCAGAAUGAACAGUUCGCGGUGGAUGGACAGAGGUGUGAAAAUGUCAUGACAUGUCCCAUACGACCAAUUGGUUCCGGUAAGGAACAUUGCCCGUACGAUUGGCUUGCCGUCUAUGAUGGCCGCGAUGAGCAUUCACCACUUAUUGGCAAAUUUUGUGGGCUUGGCAAAUUUCCAUUUAGUAUUAUUGGCACUUCUCAGUAUAUGUACGUUGAGUUCGUCACUUCGCCUGCGGGUCCUCUACUCAACACUGGUUUCCAUUUUAAUGUCGGCAAUUGGCCCGGUCAUGUCGAGACGGCGGGUAUUAAACACGGCAUAUGCGAUUGGCUACUCAGUUCGGAUUCGUUGAAGGAUAGCAGCGCUAGUGAGGGCAUCUUUCUGAGCAUAGCACACUGGUAUCCGCCGAAUACUUCGUGUAGUUAUCACAUUAAAGGCAGAACGGGCGAAAUAGUACGACUGUAUUUUCCAAGCUUCCGCAUCAACCGCAUCGAGUCGCCCAUACUCAAAUAUGACGGUGACUGCGGCGAAUCUCUGACGAUUUACGACUCAGAUCAUCCCGAUCCGGCGCGUAUCAUUAAAACCUUCUGCGACACAUUUUCACGACCCAUGGAGAAAGUGGACUUCGUGAGCACCAGUCCGUCGCUCUACGUACAAUUCGAUUCGAAGACGGGCUCUUACAGUGGCUCCUCCCUCUACUAUUGGGCGCACUAUGACUUCUUCAACAACACACGCUUCGGCGAUCCUGUGCCGAAUACGCUCUGCGAUGAGGUUAUGUACGCGUGGAAGCAUCCUGGCGGCAAAAUACGCUCACCCAUGAAUUCACUAAUCUUCAAACGUACCGGCGGCUCUGAUGUACGCUGUCAAUAUAAAUUUGUAACCGAUCGCCGUCUCUAUGCGCGCGCUGUCAUCGAGGUAACAUCGGUGUCAUUCAAAGAACUGCCUUACAACAAUAAUGCAUGCACGCGUUGCCACGAAGAGCGCGUGGAUAAGUUGGUCAUUUGGGAGGAACGUGAAAAAUUCCAAAAUAAUCUCGCCUGCUUCUGCGAUAAUAUACCGCGUGCAGUGCGCGUGAUUUCCUCAGCGGAUCAAAUGAAUCUCGAAAUGAUCGUACAGGGUCAACACGCCAUCACGUCCUAUUUCAAGAAUCCCAAUCCACUAUUCGAGGCGUCUUAUGAGUUUGCGCACGGUCCACUCUGUGGUCCCAUCACGCUGGGGCCUUCGCCUGAUGGCGAACUGGUAUUUCCCUUCAAGAAAGCAUUAGCAAUGGCGGCGGGCCCAAUGGCCGCCGUGCCUGAGCAUCAUUAUCGUCGCGAAAAGUGCAUUUGGGAACUGAAAGUAGCGGCACAACGCGAUCUCUGGUUGAAUUUGGAGAAGGCGCGUUUCGGUGAUCGCACCUGUGAGAGUGCAAAAAUCGAAGUAUACCUAGCGGGUCGUCUCGAGCCACGUUUCAUAAUGUGUCCGGAAAAUAUUUCAUUAGCACGCGAUCUACCCAUACUCUCGGCAGCCGAUUUGGGUGCGCUCGGCACCGAUCAGGAACCGCUGCCGGUGCUGAUACAAUACACCGGCGACGGUCAGCCAGGCAAGAAUGCCUUCCGUCUCGUCUGGACCGAACUGUUCCAUUUGCCACGCAAUCCCGACGGUAGUUUGGCAUCGUCAUUGCUGCAGGACGGCGGCUGUGAUUUCCGCUGUCCCGGCGAUACAGAGGUCUGCAUACCGCGUCACCUGCUGUGUAACGGUGUCGACAAUUGCCCGAACGUGACGCACAUCUCUACGAUGGCUCAACUAACGCGGUAUAUUGAGUGGAACUUGGAGCAACUCGGUCUACUGCAUCGUGCCGACGACUACAAGCAACUCGUACUGCACGACGAAUCGGCGGAAAUUUGCCUGCGACAAGAGUUGAGCGAAUUGCCCUAUGGCAAGCUGAUAUUGAUGACCCUCGGUUUGAGUUUAAUGCUGACGCUGAUCGUGGCGAUAUUGUGUCGCAUGUGUCGGGGGCCGGGUCAUGCCUAUCACAGCAGAUACUAGAAGUACGAGCGCUGGUUGCAUGGCAAACCGCUGGGCGCGCAUGUGUAGCGUUGUAUGUGCGCGGCGGGGCAGGCACAGGGUGCGCAAUAUGCUUAUGUUUUUACACAGAGGUAGUGGGAGGCUUGCGUGUCGCCGCUAAAUGAGUGCGAACAGAAAAAAAAUUAUUAUUAUAAUAAGUAAAUGAAAGGAUAUACUAAAAAAAGAAUAUAUUUUUAGUGUGAAAAGCAAAGUAAAGUUUAUAGAAAUUAGAUUCUAAUUUGUCUCCUUUCAUUUUAUACACACACAUACAUACACUCUCACACACUUAAGUAUUGUACCUUUUUGGAAUACCCACUGAGCGAAAAAUAGUUGCCUGCUAAGUAGUAAAUGAGAAGGCAUAAAUUAUACGAAAACUAAAACAAAAGUAAAAACAAAAACAAACAGAUAUAUAAAAAUUACAAAAAAAAAUAUACUAAUUGUAGGUACGCAUAGGCGAGUAAGCAAAAAAGUUGAGUUUAGACUUUUAUAUUUGCAGAAACUCACUUGUUUCAUUUGUAAGCGAAGUGAGAAAAAUUCAAAAUUUAAAUUCAUAUUUAAAAAAAAAAAAAAUAUUAAUCAGAAAGUGCUCAGAAGACAACUACACAGCUAAGUAUGAAUGCGCACUUGGUGAGUUGUAUUUAAUUGUAGUAUGCCUCAUUGUGGACACAUAACGGAUUUUUCAUAUAAUUGUAGUAUGGAAGCUCGAUUUUUGAAAAACCAAAAG